AUGAACAAGAUUGCCAUAAAGGAAGAGGACAUUUAUGACUUUCUACCCGACCAUUUGUCUAUAGACACGAAAUAUAGUUGUACUUGGACACCAAUUUGCAAAGAAGAACCAGGUUUGUCACCUGAAGUUGAAGGAGAAGAGAAGUCUCAUGUCAUGCAAUUAAGUGGCAUUUCUUCAAUUCAGCCUUUAACUCCAUCACAACAGACAGUAUCCUUGAAGGUGGUUAAAGAAGACGACAUUCAUGAUUUCCUCCCGGAGUAUUUGUACAGACCAAAGGAAGAAGACAAUGAAACUGAGAUAGCCGACGUUAAAGAAGACGCUCUGGACAUGAAAAGGGAAACACAGUCCUCCCUAAUGGAACACGAUGCAGACAUGACUCCAACAGGUAAAACAGUUUUGCGUGGUGGGCCAGAAACAGAAUCAAUUUCGUCUGUAAUUCCCAAAUCCACGGCUGUGCCAGAAAUAAUGAUGCCUGUACUAACAAAGAAGCACUGCCGUUCUCUUUGUGGUGAGCGCUUCAAUGCCUGGACAAGUCUGAGAGCACACCAGCUCAUUCACACUGGAGAGAGGUCCUACGCCUGUCAGCAUUGUGGCAAAAGGUUUCCACGGUCAGGGGAUCUCAAACAACACCAACGCGUUCACACAGGAGAGAGACCAUAUGCCUGCCAGCAUUGUAGCAAAAGGUUUUCACAGGCAGGGCAUCUCCAAGUUCACCAACGCAUCCACACAGAAGAGAGGCCCUAUGCCUGCCACCAGUGUGGCAAAAGCUUUUCAAGGUCAGGGGAUCUCAAACAACACCAACGCAUUCACACAGGAGAGAGACCAUAUGCCUGCCAGCAUUGUAGCAAAAGGUUUUCACAGGCAGGGCAUCUCCAAGUUCACCAACGCAUCCACACAGAAGAGAGGCCCUAUGCCUGCCACCAGUGUGGCAAACGUUUUUCACAAGCAGGGCAUCUCCAAGUUCACCAACGCAUUCACACUGGAGAGAGGCCCUAUGCCUGCCAACAUUGUAAAAAAUGUUUCACAGAGGCAGGGCAUCUCAAACGACACAACCGCAUUCACACUGGAGAGAGACCCUAUAUCUGCCAGCAUUGUAGCAAAAGUUUUUCACAGGCAAGGGAUCUCAAACGACAUCAACGCAUUCACACAGGAGACGAGCCUUAGGGCCCGUUCUCAUAUUUGCGACGAUUGCAUUCAAUUAAUUUUCAAUGGGAUGCAACAACGUCCUCACAAAGACUGGGAAUUGGGGCAUGGCGACUUUGACAGAUGACGCACGCCAAAAAUUAGAGCUCCAUCAUCCAAUGAAUGAAUAGGAGGUUG